AGUGAUUGUCUUGGCCAUAAAAUGUUUAUAAACGACCGUUUUUGCCAUCUAAAAUUCAGUAUCGAUCUGGCGAGCUCAUCCGACAGACACCAUAUAAUAUAUAUUAUAUUAACCGUCGUAGACAGUACAGUUUCUCAGUCCUGCAAAAAUCAUGUCUGGCUCUAAAGUGGUUAUGCGUUUCGCCGGAAUAACGGCUUUGUUGUUGGUCGCGGGCUGCUCUUCGCAGACGGCGCCGCCAGCAUCGGUGCAGGUUGUUCCGACUUCCCCGUUGCCGCCACCAUCGCCUUAUUUCAACCCCUUCAGACCGGCUAAUUAUCCACAACAAUUCAUCGGACCACAGCAACAAUAUAACGGCGUGCUACCUCCACAAUUCAUCGGCGGACCCAACAUCCCUCAGAGAUACUACAACGGCCCAAACCCCGCGUACAACGGACAGUACGUGCCCAUCUUACAGCAAUCGUUCGACAUUACCCCAGAAGGCAGUUAUAGUUUCAGUUACCAGUCCGCUGACGGAACACAAAGACAAGAAUCGGGAGGUCUGAGAUAUCCAGCCGUGCAAGGAUACCCACCAGUGAUGUCCGUCCAAGGAUCAUACUCCGCGAUAACUCCAGAAGGAGUUCCAAUUGAAGUUGGAUACAUAGCCGAUGAAAACGGAUAUCAGCCAACCGGACCAAGUGUCCAUCCAGCAAUUCAACGAGCAGUAGCACAACAAGUGGCCCAAGCUAAACUAGAACCACCACAAUUCAACAAAAAAUAAUGAUGCCUAAAAUGACGAAAAUAUUAUAUUAACGAUUCCAUUCCUGAAAUUUGUAAAAACAAAAAUUAAGUUCAAUAAAGCGAUGUACAUUUAAAAAAAAUAA